CGCAGUUGCUUCUCCUUUACCCGUGAGCUUGUCUGUUGCCCAUUCGUUUCAGGACGCGACCCCGCGCCGCGUGCGCCGUGAGGCCGCUGGGGCAGCGGAGGUGCCUCCCCGCUGAGAAGCGAGCCGGAGCGGCGUGCCGUGGGGAAGAUGAGCGGCACCAGCGCCAGGUCCAGCCACCUGUCUCAGCCGGUCGUGAAGAGCGUGCUGGUGUACCGCAACGGGGACCCCUUCUUCGCGGGGCGCCGCUUCGUCUUCCACGAGAAGAAGGUGUCCAGCUUCGACGUCUUCCUCAAGGAGGUGACGGGCGGCGUUCAGGCGCCCUUCGGGGCCGUCAGGAACAUCUACACCCCGCGGGCCGGGCACCGCAUCCGGAAGCUAGACCAGAUCCAGAGCGGGGGCAACUACGUGGCUGGGGGCCAGGAAGCCUUCAAGAAACUCAAUUACUUGGACAUAGGAGAAAUCAAGAAAAGACCAAUGGAAGUUGUGAAUACAGAGGUAAAACCAGUAAUCCACAGCAGGAUCAACGUGUCAGCUCGCUUUAGAAAACCGCUUCUGGAACCCUGCGCUAUCUUCUUGAUUGCAAAUGGAGACCUUAUAAACCCAGCUUCUCGACUCCUCAUCCCUAGAAAAGCCUUGAAUCAGUGGGAUCAUGUACUACAAAUGGUCACGGAAAAAAUAACUCUGAGGAGUGGGGCUGUCCACAGACUUUAUACUUUAGAAGGAAAACUGGUUGAGAGUGGGGCAGAGUUGGAGAAUGGGCAGUUUUACGUGGCUGUCGGCAGAGAUAAGUUUAAGAAAUUGCCUUACAGUGAAUUACUUUUUGACAAGUCAACGAUGAGAAGGUCUUACGGUCAGAAAGCCUCUUCACUACCUCCUAUUGUAGGAUCCAGAAAGUCUAAAGGGAGUGGAAAUGAUCGCCAAUCUAAGUCAACAGUCGGAUCCAGCGACAACUCAUCUCCUCAGCCCCCAAAGAGGAAAGGGAAAAAAGAAGAUGUGAAUUCAGAAAAACCCACGAAAGGGAAACAGAAUGUAAAGUUAAAGAGUUCGCCGCAGACAAUUCCAAACAGUGAUGAAGGCGUUUUCAAAGCUGGAGAGGAAAGAUCAGAAACGCGGGGGGCUGCAGAAGUCCAAGAAGAUGAAGAUACUCAAGUUGAGAUUCCAGUUGACCAGAGGCCAGCAGAAAUAGUAGAUGAGGAAGACAGAGAGAAAGAAGAUAAGGAAGUGGGACAGAAGGAAGACUUUUCAGGAAUGAAUGGUGGAGUUGAAGAGGAAGGAGGCAGGGAGGCUCCUGAAGCUCCAGAGCAAGCAGAGGAGAUCCUGGAUCACAGGGAGGAGCAGGCAGGUCCUGCUCAUGUGAACAGAGGCACCAAUGAAGAAAAUGGCGAGGAACUGGACCAGGUUAAUAAUGAGCUUCAAGAAGCAGUGGAAGAGGAAAUAAAGUCUCAAGGAGCUGGCAGUGGAUGUGAAGAGGCUGACUUGGACCCUCAAAGACCGCCAAAGCCAGAAGUAAAAAUCACCAGCUCACAAGAAAAUGAUAACAACGAACAAAACAAGGAUAAUCUGUCAUAGCAUGGAUGAUUUUUAAAAAGAGAGUAUAUUGAGUAUUAGAAAAAUUAAGGGUUAUAAUACUCGAAUAAUAAGCAUAUAGUUAUUGCUAAACAUAAUGUGACAAUAUGGUUGAAUACUACCUACUGAAAUUUAAAAUUAGAGGCCAAACUAAUGGGAAAGACUAGAUAACUUUGAAUAGCUACUAAAGCAGAGUGACUUUUUAUGAGAUGUGUUUUAAAAAGUCAUUUAGAAAAAUUAAACAAGAGUAAUAGAGGGGAAUUUGCACUGGAAGACAAUUGGCCACUUGUCUUUGUAAAGAUGAAAAAGAACAAGAUCAUUCCUGUUCUUGGUAAGUGAGAUUAUUAGAUGGCAGCUUAUGCUAAAGCACUUAUCUAAGAAGGCACAGAAUUUUAAAAAAAUGAUAAUAGGAAAGCAUGUACUAUUUUUUUAAAGCAAUAAACUCUUGAAUAAACAAAUUGCAAUUUAGUUUCAGAGAUAAUUUGAAGAUGGCAAUAGAUUGAAAUGUUUCUGUGUCUUGUUGACACUCCUUUCUUUCUUCCUCCUUAGCCAAAAUCCACCUUAAGAGAACAAAAAGGAAAAUGCAAGGUAUUCAUUUUGGAAGGAGGAAGUAUUCAUUCAGUGUAUUCCUGACAAAUAUUGUCAUGCCCCUCCCUUAACUGCUGCAGGUUUUAAUCCUUAUGGCUUUAAUGACACAUACUCAGGAAGGAAUUAUAAAGGAACACCCAAUUAUAUCACUGAGCCUGGCUGGGUGUUUUGCAAAUUCUGGUAUCCUGUGGAUUUUCGUUGAUCCAGUCUACCAUUACCAAUAGUACUCCUCUCUUCUCCUUUGCAUUAUUAUUCAAUAUUAGAAAACAUAAUAUUGGCUAUUCCAAAGAUUGAAUUUUCUCCAGUUUUUUAACAAAAAGAACAAGAUAGCAUAGUAGAAAAAAAGUAGGCUAUAUGAAGAGUUUGUUACUCCUCAAUUUCUCUUGCUUUUUGCCUUAUUUCUAUUAGGACCGCCUUGUCAUAUUUUUUCCCCUAGGGGUAUCAGCAAAUAUUUAUUUUCAUGGUCAGUUAUAUUUAGACUUUCAAGCAGAUUCCUUUCUAUAUAAUUAGAAGCUAUAGGAUAGAAAUUGUUGAAAAAAGUUUAAAAAUUGUCAUAAUGAAACCAGUUCCUGAUUACAGUUUUAGGGGUUAAUUAAAUUAACUCAAAUUGCCUUGUUAGGUAUAUAUGGAGAAAAAAAAUAAUCAUAUUAGUUUUUUGAAUUCUUAAGAGAUGAUGCAGUUCUUCCUUAAAUAUAGAAAUGUUUUUCUCAUAUUAAAGAAUAUUUUUGUUAAUUACGUAGAAGGUAUAAAUUUGAAAUUUUAACUUCUUGUGCUUUCAUAGAAUUCAUUAUUAAUGAUAAGUUUAAAAGAUUUUUUUCCCCUCCAGGUUUCAUAACCAAUCACUUGGAAUCAAAGUAGUUACAUAAAGCACUUAAUAAUACUAUAGAAAACUGAUGUAUUUUUCCUAGAAGCUAUUUUAAUAUUUUCCACAAAUAGGAAGUAUAUGCAGAGACUAUAAUGUAACAGUAUUGGAAAGAGAUACUGAUAUAAGGGUAUAUUAAUCUGGGAGGAUGAUUAUAAAUGGGGUCCUAUAUUUCUAAUAUAAGCUCUAGAUUGUGCUUUCUACUAAUAGGCUUAUUUUUUCAAAUGGGACAAUAUAAAGCAUUGCAGACUAUAAGCAACAAUCUUAAUAAUCCUUGUUGCUAGGGAAAUAGACUACCUGGUCUUUUAAUGUUAAAUUCCCACACUAUUACUGGGCCUGGGGUUAAUGAUUUCAAAUGGUUUAUAAAAAUAUGGGAUUACAUAUAAGAAAUUAUAACUGAUUAUCAAGGUGAUUCUUUUUUCUUUCUUUAAUGAGGAUUUUCUCUCUCUCUCUCUCUCUUCCUUCUUCAAUAAAGAUAUUCUGUCUCUUUUUUUUUUCCCUGUUCUUUGCUUCAUCAUACUUAGUAUUCAGGUUUUCAGGAACUUUUUAAGUCAUCUUAGUGAAGCACAAUGUUACUUUAAAUGAAAAACAAAGUUUGGUAUUUUAAGUAUACUUCAAGAAGGUGACAGGCUACAAUACCUGUAGCAAAAAAUUUAAAAAUUGGGACAUAAUACUUAUCUUUUAUGUGCAUAUUUCACCACCUGUCUGUAGGAUAUAAUUGUGACUUAACUUGAGGGAUGAACAGUCACUAAUAACUUUAAAACACUUUGCAAGCAUAAGUUACUAAAAAAAUAAAAAAAAAAAAGAACUAUGUCGUCCAACCAAGGAAGAAAUCACUGACAGAUGAUUAAAAUUGUAAAUGUCAUUGUGGAGAUGACUUUAACACACAUGAUGAAAGUUAAUUCACCUUCCAAAUGUGGACAUUUUCCUUGUGGGAACGGUGGCCUCCGUGGCAGAGUAGCUCCACAAAUUAAGUGAGACUCACUGACAGAUUUGGAGAACAUUUAUGUGAGUGAGCAGAAGAGAUCUUGGUUAGGCUUCAGGUAUUGUUUUAUAGAGGGUGUUAAUAAGAAAAACUCAUGGAGCUUUUAUGUGGUAACCAAUCACAGAAUGCUUUCAUCUGUUCUUUCUUUGUGAUAGAUUUUCAUAGUUUUAAUUUUAAUGAAAUGCUUUUCUUAAAUUUAAUUGGGUUUUAACACAUUUGUCAGCAACUGAUUUGUUAGUUGAAAUGGAACAUUAGGAGUUUUGCAGCGCAAAUAAAGAAGAUUUUUAACUGAAGUCAUUUUCAUGCAAAGGACGUAUUACCUGGUUUAGCUUCUGUUAAAAUUGCAUUUGAGCAUCCAUGGAUUUCUAAUUAUAAAACAAGAUACUCUGGCCAUAAGAUAACUUUUUACUCAUUAUAUUUCUCUAUGGACAUAGGAUGACUUUUUGUUUAUUAAGACAUUUUGGGGGGGAAUAUUAGAAAGCCAGACUCAUAGGAAGAGUAUGAUACCCUCUCGUGCCUCCCAUUUUAUUAUGAGAGUUAAUUCCUGCUGUCGUCUGUAAGCACAGACCCAUCCUAUAUAUAUGUGGCUCAGAGUCACUCAGAUCUCUCUGUAGGCUCACGAUCGUGAAACCGUAUUAGUGUGAGCUUAUUCAUGUUAACUCUUCCAGUUAUACCUCAAAAACCAACAUCCUUGAAAAUUUCACUAAAUAACUUACCUUCUACGCAAAGGAUAAAGCUAAUUCACCUAGUUAAAAUUGUGGCCACAGAACAACAGGAAGGCUUCUUUAUCUUGUUAACUGACUCUCCUAAAGAAUUAGCUCUAUCCUUUCAUUUUCUGCUCAACAAGGAGCCAAGGCAAAAGUUUAUAAAGUAGAUUAAUUGCUAAGCAGAAAGCAUCACAUCUGAACUGUUGGCAAUCUGAACAGAAAUACACAGACACAUAACAAACACUCACACAGAUGCGCUCACACACUUUAAAAUGUUGAAAAGCCUUCCUCAGGCACAGCAUUAUUAAUGGAAUAAAGCUCUUUUGAGAGAAGCAAUGGACAAAAACUGUUGGUAAGGAAACGCUAAGAAAUGAUGUAUAUCAAUGGUACUUUAAAACUUGGUUCCCGAAGACUUUAAGAGGUUUAAAAUUCUUCUCAAAAUAAAAAAGCUACCAGCAUUUUAAUGGAAAAUUUAUCCUAGGGAGGGGUGAGAUAUAUAUUAAUAUAUAAAAUCUUUUUUUUCUGAAGUAACUACAGAAUACAGUUCUUUAGUCCUUUGUCAUCAGUCUUAAGUACCAUAUACUUUAGGCGCAGAAUAUUUUGUACCAACCAAACACAGGCUCUGUCAAAAGGUCAUUACUGCUUGUGAAUGUGUGUGUGAUUUCCAUGAACAUGUAGAGAGGACUCUUUUCGGUACCAAGUAGCCAAGUUCACCACAAACAGAAUAAAAUAUGACUUAUUAGUCUAUUAGUUUAUCUAAUGUUCAAGUUCAGUGCAGAAGCUUUUUAGCUUCCUUGUAUGAGUGUAAUAUCCUGGAAUGGAAGGAUUUUUUUUUUUAAGGUUAGUCUGUUUUUCUAAGGUGAUGAGCACAUACAGUUCUUCAUUAUUAAAUAUCAUUUUUGUAAAUAGUGUACGAUUUUUGCUUUUCAGAAACUAUACUGGUAUUUAGAUGGGUCUGAGUUUUGUUCUUACCUCAUGAAAUUUGUAUAUUUCCUACCAUGAAGUCUAAGUGACUUGGAUGGAGAAUGAAUGUGUGCCCCUACAUGUUGAUGAGGAAGAAAAAUAUUAUUUUUGAAGAGGCAUAGCGUACUGUAGGAGAUGGGGAAUUAAAAAAUGUCUGGAUAACAAUAAAGCAUUUAUAAAAUCAGGAGGUAACUAAUGGAGCUCCACUGACUUAAGCCAACAACGACUUAGCUUUAAUCUAUGAAUGGAACCAAAUGUGUUCUCUGUUGCUUAAUCCACUUAAACCACAUAGUUAAUUGAGGGGUUGAGUUACUGUCACACAUGUAAUGGCAUAUGGGAAGAAGGAAUGACAGUAGUCAAUUUUAGAAGAAGAUUGAAGAAAACCUAUUCUGUUUUUUUUGCUUCAGUGUUUUUCUUGUGUCUUAAAUCCUUAAUAUGUACAAUGAUAAUGGGUGAUUAUUGAAGUUGUAGGUAAAGAUUAAGUUGAGCUCAUCAUGUUUGUAUGAUUUAUGUUUAGAACUCUUCUUUGUAAGGACAAUUAUUUAUGUUUUGAUCAAAUUACGAGCUUUUAGGUUUUUACUUCUGUAUCAGUGCUCACUCUGUAAGUUUGCUGUAACUUUUUUAGCAAAUAGAUCUGUGUUUUAUAUAAUUAAAACGUGUUUGGAUAGUU